AUGCCUGGCAAUCAGAGCUUGCCGAGCCCCGGUCCAGCAAGCCCGCCCAACAACUCCAGAACUAGCUGGUCUAUCGCAGGACUAACCAUAACAUUGGUUGCUUCUGUCGCAGUGGUAGCUUUUCAUAAUUCUAAUUCCGAGUUGUUGGCGGACGCCCCUUUCGGUGCUGAUUUCAUUGUCAGGAAAGAGCGCAAGAAUAUCUGGCGCUUGGACGAAAUCCGUCAACAUGGCGCAGAGGCUGAACGACCGUGGAUCAUUAAAGGGACUGGAGUUUAUGACAUUACAGACUGGAUACCUACUCAUCCUGGAGGAAAGAUCAUUCUUCGCGCAGCAGGUUCCUCUAUUGAGCCCUAUUGGGAUAUAUUCUCCAUCCACAAAAGGGAAGAUGUUUACCAAAUUUUGGAGCAGUACCGCAUCGGGGAUGUGGAUCCACAGGACUUGAUUGAUGGACAAGUGCCGCAUGACUCGAUUGAUGACCCCUUUAGAGACGAUCCAAAGCGCGAUCCGGGUCUGGUAGUUUUAACUCCGCGACCGUGCAACGCGGAGACGCCUCCAGCCGCUCUCUCGUCGUUCAUCACGAAGACACCAUUCUUUUAUAUUCGGCACCACUUCUGGGUCCCUCAUAUCGAUGAGACAUCAUGGCAGAUGACCAUUGAUAUCGGGGAUGGCUCCGACGCAAAAACAUACACACUCAAUGACCUGAGAACCAAAUUUCCGCAAUACUCUAUCACGGCCGUGGUCCAGUGCUCCGGCAAUCGACGGACCCACAUGUCUGAAGGCUCGCAUCGGGAGGCAAGUGGCCUAAAAUGGGAUGUCGGAGCUAUCAGUAACGCUGAAUGGCGUGGUCCACUUCUCCGUGAUGUCCUCAGGGAUGCGGGCCUUGACUUGAAUAGACUCCCAGAAGAGUUGCGCCAUGCCCAGUUUUUGAGCGAGGAUUCGUAUGGCACAUCGAUACCUCUAGAUAAAGCCAUUGACCCUCGUGGAGACGUGAUUCUUGCCUGUGAGAUGAAUAACGAGGCACUACCUCCUGAUCACGGAUACCCUGUUCGAGUUAUCGUGCCAGGAUUUACGGGUGCAAGGAACGUCAAAUGGGUCAAUCGAAUCACUCUCUCGGACGAAGAAAGUCCGUCGCAAUGGCAACAGCGAGACUAUAAAUGUUUUGGUCCGAAUGAACUGCGUGAGAAAGUUGACUGGGAUAGAGCUCCCGCAAUACAAGAGACCCCCGUCCAAUCGGCAAUCACUGCAAUUCAAAAUGACCCCGAGUCAAUUGUUGUUGAAGGUUAUGCCUUCUCUGGAGGUGGUCGGCGUAUCAUCCGUGUCGAUGUCAGUGUCGACAAUGGUCAAACCUGGGAGCAAGCUCAAAUUGAACCUCACAAGCAACAUGGCCAUAAGACAUGGAGCUGGUCUUUAUGGAAAUAUCGAUGUCCACGGCCGCCAGCGGGAAGCUUUGUGGUUGUUAAGGCCGUUGACGAAGCAUACAACGUUCAGCCUGAUACACAUGGCCCAACCUGGAAUUUUCGGGGUAAUCUGGUUAAUGCGUGGCAUCGGGUGCGUGUUGAGGAUCUAAUUCGCGGGGAUAAUUUAAAGGGCACUGAAAGGGCAUAA